AUGAUGAGCGAGCUUCGACAGCUGCAGGUGGGCAGAAAGAGGAUGGAACAUCGGCUACCACAAACUCUGCUUCAGGCUUCAAGACCUGGAGCUGAAAACAGUUCUGACGAGGCUGAGGAUAGUGAGACGAGCAUAGCUCCUGUUGUGACGGAAGAGGACAAGGUGGAGGAGGUGGAUGUCAGGCACAUCCAGCGCAGUGGACAAGUUGCUGUGCUCGGCGUGCCGAAUUCUGGCAAAUCUUCUCUGGUGAACGCCCUCGUGGGCACCAAGGUGUCCAUCGUGUCGCCGAAGCCGCAGACUACUCGGCAGAGAAUUCUGGGCUUAGCUUUGCUGGCUCCAACUGCUGAUUCGGCACCGACCACCCAGGCUGUCUUUGCCGACACAGCUGGUAUCAUGGAGGUUGGCGAAUCUGUUUCUGAGUUUGCGUUCAGGCACAAGAGGAAGCGAUUGUUUCGACAAACAAAACUCCACAAGGCAAUGGUAAAAACUGCGUGGAAACAAACCAGAGCUGCUGAUGCAUUGUUUUGGGUUCUUGAUGCGUCUAAAUGCUUGGCAUAUGGCGACUACAUGCCCGCAUGCCCGGAGCUGGACGGCGUUUCUAUCGGCCCGCCAGUAGAAGACUCCUGGUGGCUGCAUCCGGAGCUGGCCGAGGAACUUUCCUUCCUGAGAAGGCUACGGAGGUUGAACACAAAGGUGAACGUGGUACUUAACAAGGUUGACUUGCUUUUUGACAUGAACGUGGAUGUAGAUGUUUUUGUGUCACAGAUGAGGGAAGUGCUUCUUCGAGACUUGGGUGUCGACAAAACUGGUGAUGUCUUGUUGGACAACCUCUGGCCAACCUCCGUGCUGAAGGACCCUGACUCUCUCAUUCCUGUAAAGACGUGGCUCUGCGAAAAUCUACCUGAGCAAAGUCCAAUCUACCCAGUGGAGAGCCUCAGCGAUGUGCCCGCGCGCGUGGCAGCUUCUGAAAUCACCCGGGAGAAGUUGUUCAACGUACUCCGGGAAGAGGUGCCAUACCAAAUAGCGGUCAUCAACGUUGUUUGGCAGGAGGAGGAGGACGGCAUGCUCCGACUUGGUCAAAGAGUCAUUGUUCACAAUGAAGGACAGGUCCGCAUUGUCCGCUCAUGGCUGAGACAGGUCACAGAGGAAGCUGAAGCGGAUAUUUCUGACAUCAUCAAUUUGGGCAGGCCUGUGGAGCUCCACUUUCAGAUCCAGGUUGAUCCAAGAUGGCAGGAGAAGAAAGAUUACUAUGAGGACCUUCAAGGUCUACUAGACCGUGGUGGCUCACUCUUGUUUCAGUAG